CGGGCUAGGAAAACUCCCCCGGCGGCUUCCUUCCCGGGGCUCUUUCGCUCGGCGGCUGGCGAAGAAGACCUGGGCGACGCGGCGCUUCCCGAACCGGGCCGGACCGGAGCCACCUGCCCGGAGGAUCUAAACGCAAGCCACGCACACACAACCACAAAACGCCAUCCUUCUCUUUGGACUCUGGAAUACCUUGUUGGAAACUGUGCAGGAUUUAAUCGCCGGGUGUAUUUUGAUUUUUAAUAUUACUUCAAAGCGAGGAACCUCUCUAUUCAUCCUCCCCCCAAGCCUCUAAUUUUUUUAAAAAAAUUUGCUUUUUCGCCUCCUGGGCCAUCCCGUUCAUUUUUUUCAUCUCUCUCUCCUCCGGUCCCUCCUCUCGCGGAGGGGGAGUAAACAAGAGCCACGAGGAGCAAAAGGAAUAUGAGGGUUUCGUGGGUGACGUUCGCCUUCCUUUGGGGGACUUUCUGCACAGGGCCAGGCCAUGGGGAAGCAGAGACGAGAGAAUGCAUCUAUUACAAUGCUAACUGGGAGUUGGAAAAGACGAAUCAGAGCGGAGUGGAGCGUUGCGAAGGAGAGAAGGACAAGCGCCUCCAUUGCUACGCCUCCUGGAGGAACAACUCUGGCUCCAUCGAGCUAGUGAAAAAAGGCUGCUGGCUGGAUGACUUCAACUGCUACGACAGGCAGGAAUGUGUGGCUACAGAAGAGAGUCCACAAGUGUUCUUCUGCUGUUGUGAGGGGAAUUACUGCAAUGAGAAAUUCACUCACUUACCUGAAGUAACUGGCCCAGAGGUAGUGUAUGAGCCACCCCCACCAACUCCCUCACUGCUCAACAUUAUGGUUUACUCCCUGCUUCCCAUCAUUGCUCUCUCCAUCGCCAUCCUCCUGGCCUUCUGGAUGUAUCGUCACCGCAAGCCACCAUACGGACACGUUGACAUCAGUGAGGAUCCGGGGCCACCACCCCCUUCUCCUCUGGUUGGACUUAAGCCAUUGCAGUUGCUUGAGAUCAAGGCUAGGGGGCGCUUUGGGUGUGUCUGGAAGGCUCAGUUAAUGAAUGACUAUGUAGCAGUGAAGAUCUUCCCCAUCCAGGAUAAACAGUCCUGGCAGAGUGAGAGGGAGAUUUUCAACACCCCAGGCAUGAAGCACGAAAACCUUUUGCAGUUUAUUGCAGCAGAGAAACGAGGAACAAACCUGGAAACAGAGCUGUGGCUGAUCACAGCUUUCCAUGACAAGGGCUCACUGACUGAUUACCUGAAAGGGAACAUUAUCAGUUGGAAUGAACUCUGUCAUGUGGCAGAAACAAUGGCUCAUGGACUUUCUUACCUUCACGAAGAUGUCCCGUGGUGCAAAGGAGAAGGUCACAAACCUGCUAUCGCACACAGGGACUUCAAGAGCAAAAACAUACUGCUGAAGAAUGACCUGACAGCCGUGCUAGCUGAUUUUGGCUUGGCUGUACGGUUUGAACCUGGAAAACCUCCAGGAGACACUCACGGACAGGUGGGAACAAGGAGAUACAUGGCUCCUGAGGUCUUAGAAGGAGCAAUAAACUUCCAGAGAGACGCCUUCCUAAGAAUAGACAUGUAUGCAAUGGGGCUAGUGUUGUGGGAGUUGGUCUCCAGAUGCAGAGCAGCUGAUGGUCCAGUAGAUGAAUACACGCUGCCAUUUGAAGAAGAGAUUGGUCAACAUCCAUCCCUUGAAGACCUACAGGAGGUGGUUGUUCACAAGAAGAUGCGUCCUUCGUUUAAGGACCACUGGCUUAAACAUCCUGGGUUAGCACAACUUUGUGUCACGAUUGAAGAAUGCUGGGAUCACGAUGCAGAGGCACGCCUGUCCGCGGGUUGUGUGGAAGAACGUAUUUCUCAGAUACGCAAAUCGGUAAACGGCACUACCUCGGACUGUCUCGUUUCAAUCGUGACUUCUGUCACCAACACAGACUUGCUACCCAAAGAGUCAAGUAUCUAA